CUUGGCCUUGACUUCUGACCUUCGAAGUUCGAGGCAACUAUUCACCUAGACCACCAAGUCGACCGAAAUCACUCUCAUCACGUAUCAUCAAUAGAUCACAUAGAAAGGAACUUGAAACCCGACCAAUAUGAUGUUCAAGAGUUACACCUUCGUUCUCCUUUCCGCCGCCUUCUCUUUCGCGUCAGCAUCAGUCUUGCCGAGGGCGACGUGCUGGACUGGCGAGAUUCACUCACCAUGCAACGGCGCCACUACGGGCUGCACUCCGGAUGGAAUUCUGGUCAAAUGCGAAGCUGAUAGCGGCGCGAUGAUUUACGACUCUAUGUGCGGAGGACCGCCGGGCACAUGUACCUACGACGCAGCGUGCAACGCGUCCUGCGCCUAGAAUACAUAUUAAGGGGACACUUUGUAAGAUGAUGUGUUGGGUAUCCGAG